UAGGUGCGCGGCACUUGGGCGUUGUUUCUGGAGAGGACUCGAGGGUGAGCUUCCAUCCCGUCGGAUAGUCGGUCCGAAUAGAUGGAUCCCACUUCCAAGGGUUCGAGAUUCUGGACUUGGGUUGUCCCACGAUGGAGUCGGGAUUCCAGGGUUUGCAAGAGGCAAGAUUUACAAGUUUUUCCAUUAUAACCAUUUUGCCAUCGUUUCCACUGAAUCGGUCCCAGCCAGGGGAGUCUGGCGACUGACGCGGCCAGCGGUUUUCGCUCCAGGACUCCCAAGGCCAGCGAACCCGGAGCAGGCGGAGUCGUGGGCGGGGCCGUGGCAGGAAGAGACCGGAGGGAGUCGCAGAACCGAGUGGGGAGGCCAUCCCAUCGCUCGGGCUUCGGGCACCAUGGCCUCCCGUCUUCUGCACCGCCUGCGGCACGCCCUGGCCUUAACUGGAGAGGGCUCUGGAGAGCCGGCCCCAGGCGCAGAGGCCGAGGAAUUCCCGGAGAGCUCGGAGCUCGAGGAGGAUGAUACCGAGGGCUUAUCCACACGCCUCAGUGGCACCUUGAGCUUCACCAGCACCGAAGAUGAUGAGGAAGAGGAGGAAGAGGAGGAAAACGGAGAUCCUCUGGGAUCAGGGGCUGCCCUGGCCCGAAGACUUAAGAGUCCUGGAGAGGAUGGCGCUGGGGAGGAUGAAGAUCGGAGUCCCCCAUCAGAUGGUCCCCGAGGCAGUAACCUCUUGACACGGCAACUACAGGACUUCUGGAAAAAGUCAAAAAGUAACCUGGUACCCCAGCGGCUGCUCUUUGAAGUGACCAGUGCCAACGUCAUCAAUGAGCCACCCUCCAAGUACGUGCUCUACACCAUCGCCCUGAUUGGCCCCGGGCCGCAGGAACAGGCACCAGCCCAGAUUUCCCGGCGCUACUCCGACUUUGAACGACUGCACCGGCAACUUCGGCAGCAGUUCCGGGGCCCCAUGGCUGCAGUUUCUUUUCCCCGAAAACGCUUACGGAGGAAUUUUACUGCUGAGACUAUUGCCCGUCGCAGCCGGGCCUUUGAACAAUUCCUGGGGCACCUGCAGUCUGUGCCAGAGCUUCAGCAGGCCCCCGACCUCCAGGACUUCUUCAUCCUACCUGAGCUUCGACGGGCACAAAGGCUUACCUGCACUGGCCUCUACCGGGAGGCCCUAGGGCUAUGGACUAAUGCCUGGCGCCUGCAGACCCAACUGGGCACUCCAGUAGGUGCCCAUCGGACGCUGUUGACACUGGUAGGACUGGCUGUGUGCCAUCAAGAGCUGGAGCAACCCAGCGAGGCUCGGUUGAGUUGUGAGCAGGCGCUGCAGCUGCUGGGGGCUAGUGAUUCCCAUCCCCUGCUGGGACCUUUUCUGGAGGCUCAUGUUCGCCUCUCCUGGAGGCUGGGCAUUGACAAGCGCCAGUCAGAGGCCCAGCUCCAGGCCCUGCAGGAGGCUGGCCUUACCUCCACUCCACCCCCCAGCCUCAAGGAACUGCUUAUCAGGGAAACUCUGGACUAAAAGGGAUGUUUGGUAAGAAGCUGUGGGGACAGGGACUGACCGGUAUUCAGCAAUAAUAGAGGGUGGUAGGAAUCAGAAAGAUCAUAGGAUUCAGAAGAGACCUUAGAGAUUCCCUCAUCUAAGCUCUCUGGGUCUGUUUCCUUCUCUAUAAAACGGUCAUAACUUGCCCAAGGUUACACAGGGUAGUAAGUAGCAGGUCUCAAAUGUGAACCUGGGUUCUUUGCCUUUCAACCCCUUCACCAUCUUGCUGUGCCCUUGAGCAGCCCACUGUAUCUGUGGUCAGCCUUACCUGCAGGUGGCAGUGAUGGGAAUAGGGGAAGUCUGGUAGAUGUUUCUCAAAUAAGCAGUAGCAAUACACUCCUCCCCAGGCUCAGUCCAUACCAUCCAUUCUCCCUUUCCCAUCUGACUUCGAGGGACAAUCCCCUCACAAGGCCAAGAGUAGUGGAACCACAGCUGUAGCCCAAGGGAAUAAAAAGGCUGGAUCCUCCAAGUGGUACCCGUUUUUAUUAUGUGCAAA